UAAUUAUGGAUAUUUCAAAUAUACGGGGUAUAUUUGUGUUGGGUUUAUGAAUAUGAAUAAACGUCCCUGUAGUAACUACAGUAAAAUAUCGGGGAGAAUACAAUGAUGAGCAUCCGAGCAGCUGAUUUUGCUUAUACUUUAAAUGUAACCAGCACAGUUGCACUGAGUGCAAUCGUGUGAACAGACGUAUUAAAAAAAUAUAUAUAUUAUUCUAUGUCUAUAAAGCUACAACAAAGAAGAAAAAAAAAUAAACAAAAAAAUAUAAUAACAAGUUUGUUAAAAGACAACAUCGAAAAUGUAAAACAAUCAAAAAGAAAAUAUAUAUUCAUAGUGGAUUAAAUUAUUUAAUUGAAAAAAUAUCCCUUAUGUUUUUUUUUUUCUACUCAGUGGUGGAUGAAAGAUAAAAAAAUUAUAAAUUUAUCAAAGCUCAAUUUAGUGUAAAUCAAUUAAUCUGUAAAUAUUGUAAAAUUUUUCAACUUGCAAGUAGUGAGAGUCAUUUAUUGUCAGACAAGCGCAGUGAUAUAAUUAACAAUAUUGUUAUUAAAAAUAAUAUGGAAUUAUUUAUUUAAUACAAAAUAUAUUUUUUCUCUUAAUUUAUUUAGUGGAUACUGAAAUUUCGUGAUCAUGGCAGAAAUAGAAAAUGUAAAUUUAAAAAAUAUUUCAACUUGCAAAAAUGAAGCAAAUGUUGAAUUUGUUGCUGAUAAAAGUCAUCAGGUGAUUAUCAAAUUACCACCAUCUUCAAUUUCAUCAACUGAAAAUCUCAACAACACAUUAACCAGAGAAUCACAGAACAAUCUUUACACGAGUACAAAUGGAUCAUCAACAACAAAUGGAAAUUCAACAAUUGGAUUAGCACAAAAAAUUCAAAAUAAUGCUGUUGUUCCAGUUAACAAAAGACCAGUGGCAUCCCUGAGUCAUUUGCCAAAGAGACCACCAGUUAAUAUUGCUUUUAAAGAUUUGACAUACACUGUGUCUGAGGGAAAUAAAAGAGGACCAAAGACAAUAUUAAAAUCAGUUAAUGGAAAAUUUAAAUCUGGUGAACUUACUGCAAUAAUGGGACCAUCUGGAGCAGGAAAAAGUACAUUGAUGAAUGUACUUGCUGGUUACAAAACAUCAAAUUUUAAUGGAUCAAUAUUAAUAAAUGGAAAAGAACGAAGUCUUCGUAGAUUUCGUAAAAUGUCAUGUUAUAUAAUGCAAGAUGAUCGUUUAUUGCCACAUUUAACUGUACACGAAGCAAUGACAGCAGCAGCAAAUUUAAAAAUUGGUAAUAAAAUUGAUAUAACAGCUAAAAAAGAUGUUGUUAAAGAAAUAAUUGAUACAUUGGGUUUAAAUGAAGCAAGUAAUACACAAACUCAUUGUUUAAGUGGUGGACAAAGAAAAAGAUUAUCAAUAGCAUUAGAACUUGUUAAUAAUCCACCAGUUAUGUUUUUUGAUGAGCCAACAUCUGGUUUAGAUAGUUCAUCAUGUUUUCAGUGCCUUAAUUUAUUAAAAACAUUAAGUCGUGGUGGUAGAACAAUUGUAUGUACAAUACAUCAACCAUCAGCACGUUUAUUUGAAAUGUUUGAUAAUCUUUAUUUAUUAGCUGAAGGACAAUGUAUUUAUCAUGGUAAUGUUGGUGGUUUAGUACCAUUUUUAUCAUCAAUGAAUUUACAUUGUCCAAGUUAUCAUAAUCCAGCUGAUUAUGUUAUGGAAGUUGCAUGUGGUGAACAUGGUGAAUGUUUAGAUAAAUUAGUUAUUGCUGUUAAAGAUAAUAAAUGUAUUAAUUAUCAAAAUUAUCAAAUUACUAUUGCUGCACAAUCAGCAUCAAAUGAUAUACAAAAAAAAUUGCCAUUAAAAGAAUUAAAUAAUGAUGAUGAACAUUUAUCAAAUGGUAUUUUAAAAAAAUCUAAUGACACUGUUAUUAAUAUGCCAGUAUCUUGUACUACCUCAUUAAUUAAUUCAACUGAUAAUGCUGAAAAAAUGGUUGGUUUUCCAACAAAUGGAUGGGUUCAAUUUUGGAUAUUAUUAAAACGUACAUUUAUAUCAGAAAUGAGAGAUAUGACAUUGACAAGAGUUAGACUUAUUUCACAUGUCACUGUGGGUCUACUUAUUGGAGGUUUAUAUUAUGAUAUUGGUAAUGAAGGAUCUGAAGUUUAUAGCAAUGCUGGUUCUAUUUUUUUUACAAUUAUGUUUCUAAUGUUUACUGCUAUGAUGCCAACAAUACUUACAUUUCCAAAUGAAAUGGCUGUUUUUGUUAGAGAACAUCUGAAUUAUUGGUAUUCUUUAAAAUCAUUUUAUCUAGCAAAAACAUUUGCAGAUCUUCCAUUCCAGAUUCUUUUUAGUUUACUUUACGUUGUGAUAGUAUACGUGAUGACAUCACAGCCUUUUGAAGCAUACAGGUUUUUAUUGUAUCUCAAUAUUUGUGUAUUGACAUCACUUGUAUCACAAUCAAUUGGAUUGUUAAUUGGUGCUGCAAUGAAUGUCGAGAAUGGAAUGUUUAUUGGUCCUGUAACAUCAGUACCACUUGUACUAUUUUCUGGUUUUUUUAUAAAAUUUACUGCCAUGCCAAAUUGUUUACGAUGGUUGUCAUAUGCAUCAUAUGUACGUUAUGGUUUUGAAGGAGCAAUGAUAACAAUAUUUGGCUAUAAACGACCAAGAUUAGCAUGUAAUGCUGAUUAUUGUCAUUUUAGAACACCAACUAAAUUUCUUGAAGAAAUGGCUAUGGAAAAUGCUGUUUAUUGGAAAGAUGCACUUGCACUUGUUGGUUUUUUAAUUAUUCUCAGGAUUUUAACGUAUUUUGUUCUACGUUUAAAACUAAGAUCUCUUCGUUAAUUAGAUUUUUUUGU